AACUUAUAUCGAAUGUUUCGUGUGGAAAAAAAUUGAAGUCUUUAAUUUGGCGAAUUCAUUCGUUUACUUUGCGUUUAUUUUUAGCCUUAGUACUUUCGUUUGAUACGUUUGCUACCAAGUAUUUAUACAAAUUAUAGAGUGUUCAGAAACUCAAUUUGAAAUUGCGAUUUCGAUUCAUCAACUAUUCAGAGUGAAUAAAGAAAAACCUACAUCACACCUACAAUCAUACGUGUUACGUGUACAUACAUAUGUCUUGGUUCUCAUCAUUAUCAACAGUUAAUUAAAAAAUUAAUACUGCGAGCUCUUCACCACCAAAAAUCACCUGAAAAUGAACGGCCUGAGCAGCAAUGAUGACGCAGUCGAGUGCCCUUUGUGUAUGGAGCCGCUGGAGGUGGACGAUCUGACCUUCUUUCCUUGUACCUGCGGAUACCAGAUUUGCCGCUUCUGUUGGCACAGGAUCCGCACGGAUGAGAACAAGUUGUGUCCAGCAUGCCGAAAGGAAUAUCCAGAGAAUCCAGCUGACUUUAAGCCGUUAUCACAAGAAGAAAUGAUUGCCUUCAAGUCCCAGAAACGCCAAAGGGACCAACAACGAAAACAAAAGAUCACCGAGAACCGAAAACACUUGGCCAACGUUCGUGUGGUCCAAAAGAACUUGGUGUUCGUUGUGGGCUUACCACCUCGACUUGCUGACGCAGACAUACUAAAGAAACACGAGUAUUUUGGUAAAUAUGGGAAAAUUCAUAAAGUCGUUAUAAAUCCAAGUACCACGUAUGCCGGGGUCCAGGUAAGAGUUGGUCCAUCCGCUUCUGCCUAUGUCACAUAUGUUAAUAACUCGGAUGCUUUGCGGGCCAUUCAAAGCGUCAACAACAUUAUGAUAGACGGGCGGCUCAUAAAGACUAGCCUGGGGACUACUAAGUACUGCAGCCAUUUCAUGAAAAACCAGCAGUGUCCCAAGGGCGACUGCAUGUACUUACACGAACUGGGAGAUCCCGAGGCCAGUUUUACUAAGGAGGAAAUGCAUCAGGGAAAACAUCAAGAGUAUGAGAAGCGUUUGCACGAUACUCUAAUUGCCUCAUUCGGACCGAAUACAGCAGGUAUUAUAAAUGGUAAUGGAGCUUCUAAAGCAAAUGCCGCGAUUCCAUCGUCCUCGUCAGCGUCAUCCUCGUCGUCUGGAUCGGGUACGAAUGCUUCGAGUGCAGCCAAUGGCCAGCAAAAGGAGGCCUGGCCCAGUUUAUCGGUCUCGCCCAUUAAUGGCAGGGAGGCGACCGCGAGUGCGAGCAAUUCCAGUGGGAAGAGCAAACGGGAGAAGCUGCGCAACGAGAAAAGACACGAAAAGAACAAAUCGAAGAACAAGAACAGCGGCAACACAAACUCCAAUGCCUCGAACAAGGAGAACUAUGUUCCCGAGUCGCGGGGCAGCACAAGUACUGAGACAUUCGCAGAGGCCCCAGCGGAUGCACCAGCUUCCACGAAGCCUGAGCCGCAGCAAAGCUCUAGCAAUCGAUCGAGGGCAGAUCGUGGAAAAGAUCGGGCCUCCAAUCACGCAGCUAGUGCAAAGGAACAGAAGAAGGGCAAGGAGCCUGCUCCUGCACCCGCAGUAACUAAACAGGUGGAGAGAAUUGAGCCGAGCGAGAGUACAAUAACACAAAAGAAGACGGAAGUAAUCGAAAGCUGUGAAGAUAAUUUACCACAAAAGAGAUUAGCUGGAACAAACGUUCAAAGAUCUGUGAGCUCCUGUAGCGAAAAUAGCGAUGGCCACGUCUCGGAGAGUAGCUUAAGUGAAAAGAGUUUACCUGGUGAUUAUUCCGAUGAGAAGUGCAAUAGUGUGAAUUCUGAAAGCCACCAAGAAAGUGUGAAAACUCAGGAAGAAGCCGAAAAGAGCAACGAGGCUAUUGUCGAUGAUGAACCGGUUCUGACAGUAUCUAAUUCCUCGGAGGACACUAGCCCCGCUGUAGUGGAGUCUAGUAACGAGAAAGAUGGAGGAUCCCUAGCCGACGAUCCAGUCGACCCCUCGAGCCUGGCGGAUAAUGGAAGCAGAGUGACUGAUGCGCUGUCUAAGCUCAACAUUUUCGCUGACACGCCCAGCUUCUUCACAUCGUCAUCAUUCCAGCAAGUUCCCUUAAUAAAGAAUAAGCUAGAUUUGGAAAUGCGACAGUCUCAUUUACCAGACUUGGUCAACGAUAUUGAUGGAAUCCAAAAGGCAUCAAAUACGAACGAGUGGGAAGAAGCUUUCAAAAAUGUGAUGAUUCGCAACACUAGGCAAGUGGAGGAGCAACUACUUCAACAGCAACAUCUGCAACAGCAGCAGCAGCAUCACCACCAGCAAGUUUUGCAACAACAAGAGGAGUUCCUUCGCAUGCACGAACUACAAAAACGCAACAAUUUUGCGACAAAUGUUUCACAAAUCAACGGUCCUGCAAAUGAUUUCCUUAGCCAUUUCCAGGCAAACUCAAUCGAUUUAAAUAGAGUUCAAGCCCAAGCACUUCUGCAUCAACAGCUAUUACAACAGCAGACCGGGGAAAAUCUGUUUGGAGGAAACAUGUCGAAAUUCUUUGAUUUUCAUAAAAUUCAGCAGCAGUCACACCAUCAGUAUCUUAAUGGACACCCGCCUCAAAUCAAUGGAAACAGUGCUGUGCCUGAGCCACAACGAGUGGCGGCCUUCUUGGAAAACAAUCGACUGAAUUCGCCUUUUGUUGAAAAUGGACUUAUUAAUUCACAACAGCAACCUCAAAAGCCGAGGAUGAUGGGAAUGUUUGAAAAUCUGCCUCCUAAUACGCAAUCUCAGCAGAGUCGGUUCACACAGAACUCCAUAGUCGACGAUGACUUAGGUUUUGACCCCUUUAUUGAGACCCAAAAAGGACUGGCCGAACUGAUGGAAAAUGAAGUUGUUCAACAACAGAGUAUUAAUAAUGAAAACUCCGGGCCGAAGCUUCCACCACCGCCCCAAAUUCCCCCACAUCAGCAACUGGUGGACAAUAUGCAGCGAGCUCGCAUGCCGCCGCCAGGCUUCAACCACAUGAACACCCUGGGCUUGGGUGGAGCAUCCAGACUGCAGCACACUAGCAAAAUGAUGCCCUUCAUGAACAUGCCUGGCAACGGGGUGGGAAACAACGGCGCCCAGGGGCAGCACCAGUUGCCGAUGGGUGCCAACUGGAAUGCUCACUUGGCCAUGCACCAAAACCCAGGUCAGCCCGUGGGCGACUCACAAUUGCAGCAUCCUAUGGCUCACAACAAGGUUUACAACAACAGUGAUUGGACUACAAUGGAUCCGGCUAUACUUUCGUUUAGACAGUUUUCAUCCUUCCCACAAAACCAAAUUCCCCCACAUCCUCAACAACAGCAGGAUAUGUUUUUGCAGCAUUUGGCUCAACAGCAAAAUUCCCAGAGUGGUAAGUUUGUUAAAGCGUUGAUGGAUCAACAGCCGAUUAAACAUGCACCCCUUCUCCUUCCAGGUUUCAACAACCAGCCACAACUGCUUCCCAUGGGGAUGCCCAAUAAUUUGCUGAACGGACAACAGGCGCAGCCGCCACAGGUCAAUGCCAAUGUUCAGGGCAUGCUUGAGUUUUUAAAAAGCCGUCAAUUCGUUUAGCUACAAUACAUAUAAAUAUUACA